CUGCUGUAGAAGACUUGGUCACUGCCUCAAGAGGGUCCCAGAAGAGGGAGGAGGCACUGCCUCCACUACAGCAGCUGCACCCACAAUGCAGAGCAUCAAGUGUGUGGUGGUGGGUGAUGGGGCUGUGGGCAAGACAUGCUUACUCAUCUGCUACACAACCAAUGCCUUCCCCAAGGAGUACAUCCCCACAGUGUUCGACAAUUACAGUGCCCAGAGCGCAGUUGAUGGGCGCACAGUGAACCUGAACCUGUGGGACACUGCGGGCCAGGAGGAGUACGAUCGCCUCCGCACACUCUCCUACCCUCAGACCAAUGUCUUUGUCAUCUGUUUCUCCAUUGCCAGUCCGCCCUCCUAUGAGAACGUGCGGCACAAGUGGCAUCCAGAGGUGUGCCAUCACUGCCCUGAUGUGCCUAUUCUCCUAGUGGGCACUAAGAAGGACCUGAGAUCCCAGCCUGAUACCCUACGGCGUCUCAAGGAGCAGGGCCAGGCACCCAUCACACCGCAGCAGGGCCAGGCACUGGCCAAGCAGAUCCAUGCUGUGCGCUACCUUGAGUGCUCAGCCCUGCAGCAAGAUGGCGUUAAGGAAGUGUUCGCUGAAGCUGUCCGGGCUGUGCUCAACCCCACGCCGAUUAAGCGUGGGCGGUCUUGUGUCCUCUUGUGACCCUGGCACUCAGUUUGGAGGCUGCCCCUGCCCCCCCACCAGUUGUGCCUUGGCGCCUUGUUUGCCCGCAGCUGUGCCUUAAGGACUAAUUGUGGCACCCCUUGCCAGGGGGCUCCCUGAAUGCCUUUUUCUCCUUAAGGAGUCCUGCAGGGAAAGGGGCUUUGGGCCUGCCUCAGUCUGCUUGGGAACAUCAGGUAUUCUCAUCAGCUCACCCAGGCCAAGAUUGGACUCCUCCCCAAGAGGCCAACCCAGUGCCCCCUCCCCACUUUCCGCCACUGACCAGUUCAUCCAGCUUUCCACACAGUUGUUGCUGCCUAUUGUGGUGCUUUCUCUCAGGUUAGGGUCUCUCAGCCAUCUCUAACCUGUGCCCUAACUGCUCUUGGAACUGCCCCCCACAAUGCUCUAUCCACAAAUCCUGAGAAGAUGAGUGUGCCUAACCUGCCCCCAUGUGCCCAGGCCUUAUGCAUCCGCUGACUGACUCAGCCCCUGUGCUCCUGGGGGCCUUUCUUACCCCCAUCAGCAUCAAUAAAACCUCCUGUCUCCAGUG